GAGAGACGGAGAGAGCAGGAUUAGAAAGUUACGAGAGAAAACAAAACAAAGAAAGGAGAACUGAAAAUAAAUAACUAAAACAAGAAAAAAAUAAGAUAACAAGAAACCCAUAACGAACAAGAAAAAUAAGACGACAAAUAGAGAGAAGCAGGAGAUUGAGAGAGAGAGAGCAAGAUUAGAACAUGUUGCGCUGAGGCUGCUAGUGGGCGGCGUCUGGCAGCGCAGCGUGUCCGCCAUAUUGCAUCAUUGCCUCCUCGUUAUUUUCUUGGCCAGCCUCGCCCCUGACGGCUGCCUACUGGUACUGGGGCCUCACUACCGCAGAAGGAGGCCACGAGGGAAGCCAGGAGGACCGGCCAUUGCUUCCCGUUGGCUCGUAGUACUUCAAGUGUGACCAGCAGACGGUGACCCAGCCACCACCGCCACCACCACUACCACCACCACCAGUGCAGCCUUCAUGAUUGAGACAGAGGAGGGCGAUAGGCAGGAGGCGGCCCUGGCAGCACCCAUGGCGACCUGCCGUGACGCCAGCCCAGCCUUGCAAGUCGCCGCACCACCAGAAGACGAGGAGAGCCAGUUUGAAGUGGGUGUGGGGCGGAACAUCACAGUGGAAUUGCUGACGGCGUGGAACACACAGCUUCGGCGGGAGGCAAGUGCCCGCUGUCCUGUGGCUGGCUGUGGCCUUACCUUCCACAGCGCGCCGCAGAUACAGAGUCAUUAUGUCACCUGCUCUGGGAAGUAUGAUGGGCCAGUAGUGCGUUGUGAGCAGUGCCAGGCCAGAGUGCCAGCGUCCCUCAUGGUGCACCACAGCAAGGUUGUGCACCAGCGGCAUCCUUCGACCCUAGGUGACCCAGACAGAGGCACCACGGGGUCACGGUUUGGUCAGAGGAACAGAGGUCAAGUUACGGUCUCCCCUGCGCCCUCCAGAGUGUCAGGGCCUGAGGGUGUGAAGCAACACCACCUGCGAUGCUCCCCCCGGGUGGAUGCCAGGGACGCCACCUCCUCCUCCCCCAGGACAGUCAGUUUGCAGUUGGAUUGGGACCUGGAUGAUGAAGAUGAGGUGAGCACAUCCCCCAGCACCCCACAGCCCCACGCCCUGCCGCAGCAGUACCUGGGGGAGUGUGGGCAGCGGGACAGCUGGAGCCAGGCCCCCCUACCCCGCUCUCACGGCCUGAGGCACUCCCGGGGUGGCCUGGCAGGGGAGGAGGGAAGGGCAGCCAGCCUUGCCCUGGGCCCCCCUGACCCCCACAGCAGUGGCGGGGUUGGGCGGGAGCAGGCUGCAUCACGGUCAGCCUGCUGCCAGCCUGCCCGCCAGCCCUGUGCCAGCGGGUGUCUGCAGCCGUCCCCCUCCUGGGCCCGGCGCCACCACCUGGACCACCACCACCACCACCUGCACCACCACCACCACCCAGGCCACGCCUCACACCCGGCAGGGCGGCGGAUGCGGCGCGGCUCGUCCUGCGGGCCGGGCUACCCAGGGGAGGAGGAGACAGGACGACACUCUCGCUCCCCAGAGUCCCCCUGCCUGCCCUCCCCUGCCAGCCAUGCCUGGCCUGCCCCCCUGACAGAGCAGCCCUACAGCCCAGCUGUCCAGAGGGAGGCAGCAGGGGGCUGGGGGCCUGCCAGUCCCAGUGUGGGGGGGGAGGCCGGCUGGGGGGAGGAAGAGGACCGGUACAGUGCCAAGCGGCGGCAGCUGGCGGCACGGGCAGAGCAGCUGCAGCGGGCGGAGGAGAUGGUGAAGCAGCAGGAGGAGGAGGCACAGCAGCGCACCUGGCUGGCGUUGCAGCAGCAGGAGAUGCUGCUGCGGGAGAAAGAGGAGGCACUCAAGAUGCGGGAGGCGGCGGCACAGAGGAAGCUGGAGUUGGCGGCGCGCCUCAUGGAGGAGUCCAGGAUGAUGCGGGGCUCCGGCCGCCACGGUGGUGAUGCCCCUGCCCCACCACUCUACUGCCCCCGCCGCCCCCCAUCUCCCUGCCCCCCGCCCUGCCCUGAGGACUUGUCUCACCAGGAGGCACCCAGGAUCCCUGCCUGCCACGGGCCAGACGCCCCCUCGCCCCACGACGGCACCUUCCACAACGGCUGCCAGGACAGCCAGGCCGGGGUGGGGCGUGGCAGGGCCUGCCCCCCAGGCCAUGGCAAGGUGGGGGACCAGUGUCCCAGGGGGGCCUCACCCCGCCAGCAGUGGAGGCCGGGGGAGGACCGCCCACCUUCCCCCCGGGCCGUCAUCCCCGCCCACACACAGACAGAGUCAGGCGUGGCAGUCACCACCACCACCACCACACCCUGUGGCCACCUCCCUGAGGCCAGGCAGGGCAGGGACGUGCCUCAGGAGCAGGAGGAGAGCCCGCCCCGCCUGCCGGCCCCCAGAGUGGUGCGCACGUACUCCCGCACCGGCCGUACCCGCCUGCUGUCCGACACUGCCUGGCCUGCCCCAGCCAGCCAGGCGGGGCAGGACGCAGACGCCACCCUGGGGGAGACUGUGGUGAACCAGGGGUCCACCAUCACCAUCACCCCCCUUCCCCGGCCCCCCUCCCGGCCCUGCAGAUCCUACAGUGCCUUGCCCAUGUUGCAGACCACCAGCCUCCCCCGCACCCCCGGUGCCUCCCCCAGCCUCACCGUCACACUAGCCUCCCCAUCCCUCAGCCCUGCAGUGACAGCCCCUUCCCCGGCCAGCACCCCCCCACCCCGGGAGCUGGGCCCCAGACAGCUAUCCUUCCUGCCCCCCCUCAGCCUGGGGUCACAGCAGUUCACCCUUAAAUACGUGGGGACCUUCAAGCCCACCCCCACCACACGUGUCAAGGCCACACCCUCCCCCCCCAGACUCUCGGAGGCCUUCUGCAAGCCAGGCCGGGAGGUGGUGGCCCCCAAGGUGACCAUCCUCCCCCGGGGUGCACCAGUGGCUCCCCCCACAGCUGCCCACAGUGACAAAGGCUUGCAGGCCACACAGACAGGCUGGAUGCAGGGUGUGACUGACACCAACAGCCCCGUCCCAUUGCUGACCACCUCACCACCACAACCGCUGCCAUGCACCACUCAGACCACCGUGCAAGUGGAUCCCGCCGACUCAUCCACACUGCAGAUACACGUGGACUCUCCCUUCCACCCUCCACAGCCCUGCCACACUCACCUGUCCACCACAUUCCUCACCACCGCACCAGGCACUACCAUUCCUCAGUGCAUCAUGCCUGUUUCCACCACACCAACCACCACCACUCCACCAGACACCCAGUCCACCAGUGAGGAGGACAGAACAUGCAGCAUCACUCCACCACAGCAGGGAACAGCAGAGGGUACCCAAGACCACAAAGAUUCUCAAGCACAGCAGCAUCUGGAGAUAGACACAGCAGACAACACAGCAGAAGACACAGGAGAGGAACCCUACCCAUCUCAGACCCCACAGGACAUCAUGAGGGAACCUGGUGCCUUUGAGGGAGAGUUUGACCCUUGCACAGUACCUUACGGCAGCCCGACCCUCAUGCAGACCAUCCUGGGUGAUGCUGUUGCCUUUCACACACCCAUCCCUUCACCCAACACCCUGCAGGACUCUCAGAAUUCUACCACUCUUUCAGUAGAUGCAGAGAAAGACAGUACUCUCUUAUACCCCUCUCAAGGCAGCACAGAGGACCAGACACUGCAGGAUUUCAAGGAUGCCCUCCCUCCUUCACUACCUGCAGGAAAGGACAACAUUGCAGACCCACCUGAAGACACUAAAGAGCAUCAGACAGUGCAUGGUGGCUCUCUCUCACCAGCUAACGGAGAGGACACUCGGGAAGAUAAUGAGGAUUCCUUCUCUCCACCAGCUGGAGGAGAUGCACCACCCCACACGCAACCCACACAGCAUAUUUUUACCCACAUUCAGAGUAAACAGGGAGAGACAGAGGUGGAGGAAGUGGGAGAGAUGGAGAUAAUGGAGGAGUCUGUCAUCUCCACCCAGCCUUUGCAUCACCCCCCAACCAGUCCAGCACAAGUCCCAGUGGAAGAGGUGGUGGAGGAGGACGAUGACGAUGAAAACGACGAUCUUUCUUACCCAGAGGAUGUGGAGAUGGAGGAAGUGGCUAUUAUGGGCAAUGGGGAGGAGCCUGAUGACACUGGUAGCCUGUUCAUUGCCAACCCAGCACAGGCAGAGGUGGAGGUGGAGGGAAGUGUCCUGUCUGACCAAGCACAGGUGGAGGAGGUGGAGGCCAACAGUGUUUUGUCCACCCCUGCACAGAUAGAGGCAGAGGUGGAAGGCAACAUUGUCUUGUCCACCCCAAUACAGACAGAGGUGGAGGUGGAGGGCUGUGACCUGUCCAACCAAGCACAGACAGAAGUGGAGGUGGAGGGCUGUGUCCUGUCCAACCAAUUACAGACAGAGGUGGAGGUAAACAGUGUCUUUUCUUCCCCAGCACAGACGGAGGUGGAAGUGGAGGGGUACAUCCUGACUAACCCAACACAGCCAGCAACAGACAGUGAUAUCUCGUCACCCACACACACACCUGCAGAGGAGACAGGUAGUGUGAUCCAUCCCACAUCUGAGGCAGUGACAGACGCCAACAGCAGUGACAUCUUUCUGCCUGACCCCACACCGGAGGCAGGAGAGGAGACCAGAGAGAGUAACUUCACUGACCCAGCAGCUGAAGGAGUGGAGGCCAGGGGUGUGCAGCAGCUGGGGUGUGACUGGGGAGGGCCACAAUCUGAAGGAGAGGUACUGGAGGCUAAAGGCACUGCAGGACUAGAAGAGCAAGGCAAGGAUAAAAUGCCAGGAACUGAAGCCUUCGAGGGUCACAUUACAAAUACUGACCUUGUAUCUUCAGGGUCAGGUCACACUCACCAGGCAGAGGAUGAAGUGACACAGGCAGGACUUAUGGAUGGACAAGUGCCAGAUGUACCUUCAGAGUGCCAGAAUGAGAGCAUAGGGAGUGCCAGCCAGGGUGCCACAGACUGCAGUGUCAUGCCUACCACCACACCCUGGCACUCUACUGAAGGCACACCUGUAGAGGGCCAAAAUACCACAGUGCCAGUGUCCCAGGAAGGUCACACAACCCCUGAGUGUGACGCAGAUGACCCUGUGACCCCAGAACCUGAGGAAAUGGAAGCUGUUGGGUGGGGAAGGGCACAGCGGCGGAGGAGGGGAAGGGGGCGUGGCAGGGGCAAGGUCAGGGGUCAGGGAAUGUGGACCAGGAGGCGAAACACAGGCAGAACCAGGCCAGGUCAAGUGGAUGAUACUGACCUGACCUUACAGGAGUCUGGUGCAGCAGUGACCUCAUGUGCGACCCUGUGUGUGACCCCAAGCAGCUGUGGUAGUGAUGACAAGGCAACAGAAUGCCCCAAGACAGAACUCCAAGUGCCAAUGUCACCCACACAAGAAAUGGAUGAGUCCACCUUAGAUGUGGAGGCUGCAUCCCCCCUUCCACCAGACACAGAGGUGGAGGACAGCCACAGGAACCCCGGGGCGGAGGAGGCAGUGGAGCACGUGUCAAGGGGAGGCCGCAAGGUGAGGCUGAGGGAGUGGUGGACGGGCGUGGUGAGUGAGGCCACCACUCCACGCAGCAAGGCCGCCGCCAAGUCGCCCGUCACCUCCCCAGCCAGGUCACCAGCCAGGUCACCAGGUAGAUCGCCAGGGCCCAGGAAGCCCAGGGUGAAGAGGAGCCUGAUGGAGGCCAGCGAGGCAUCCCUGCCCAAGAGGAGGUGUGAGGAGGCACCCACAGAGGUCGACAUGCUGACCACCACCACCACCACCACUGCCACCACCACCACCACCAUCACCACCACCACCACUACCACCACCACCAAUACCACUGCUGCCACCACCACUCCCACCACCACCACUGCCACACCAGAUGUACUGAAAACUGAAUCCUUCACACCAUCCACACCCCUCACCCCAGCCCCCAAGGCACUGGAGGAGCCCCUCACCCCCACCCCCACCCACACCCCAUCCUCAGACACCUCCAUGUCCUCCAAGAGGCGGCGCGGGCGGCAGCCCAAGAAGCAGCGGCCGGUGAAGGAGUACCAGCCGAGCCCCAAGGAGAAGCGGGAGGACGUCGAGUGCGGCAAGUGUGGGGAGAUGUGCUUCUCCCAGGCACACUUCCUCUCCCAUGCGCGGCGGAUGCACAACGGCCUGGCACGGCCACAGGGCGCCAGCCAGGAGUUCACAGCGGCGGAGACACAAGAGAUCCUGGUGGACACCAUGCGGGCAGUGCGGCAGGUGCGGUGCGAGGUGUGCGGUAGCGUGUUCCGGUCCGUGCUGGGCCACCGCAUGCACUCCCUGGCCUGCGGCGUGGACCCCAGCCAGCUCAACAAGACCUGCCACGUGUGCCAUCGCCGCAUCCGCUACUACUACCUGGAGGCGCACCUCAGGAAGCAUGCUGCCCUGGACUCCAGGAAGGCCAAGGAAGCGGCACCCAAGGAGCGGGAGCGCGGCAGCAGGAAGGCCGCCCUCAACUGCAAUAUGCGGCUGCAGGCGUGGCGCCACACCCGCACCGACGACGACGCCAGCGACACUGGCUCAGACCAGGGCGACGACUUCCGCCAGGAGCUGAGGCUGGCGCACUACUACACCCGCCCCGACUCCACCCUGCCCCCCUCGCUGCUGGCCAGCUGGGAGGCCGCCCUGGAGGAGGGGGAGGGGGCGGCCUGCCACCACCAGGGCUGCAGCCACUCUGCUGCCAGCGUGGCUGAGGCGCGGCAGCACCACUGGCUGUGUCCACAGGGGUGCCGCUCCCAUGGGUACUCCUGCAAGCUGUGCUCCUUCACCUGUGACCAGGAGGGGGAUAUGGAGGACCACCUCACCUCCAUGCACAUGUCAGAGGUGGCUGGGGAGCCGGACAGCGAGUCCGACGCAUCUGACGAGGACUGGGGGGAGCGGCAGGGAGGCCAGCGGUCCGGCGGCCUGCGGCGGUACAGCAAGGACCUGCUGGUGCCCUUCCUGCCGGCCCUGCGCUGGACGCACGACUUUUUGACUGACAGUGUCAGCGACUCUCUCUACCCAGAGCACUGGCCUACAAAGGAUGGGUGGCAGGCCCUGCCCCCAGCCACCGCAGCCCCCUACCUGCCAGCCGUCACCACCAGCCCCAGGUUCAGGGUGCAGGUGGUGGGCCAGCAGGCCGUGGCAGAGGAUGGCUGGGAGGAGCUUCACCGCUUUGACAGCACGGCGGCCGGCCAGGGCAGCGCCAUGUUCUGUGGGGGCCCGGUGACAGCCUCGGCCUGGUGCCCUGAGUGCCCCCCGGGCUCCCUGGCCUCCAACAUGCAGCACCUGGCCCUGGCCACUCUCUCAUCCCCAGACAUGAAGCACCAGAUCUGUCACUCUUACUCCCACAGGGGUCUCAUCCAGCUGUGGGGCUGCCCUGGCCCAGCCACCAGGGAGCCCCCCACACCCCGCUUCCUGCUGGGCCUGGGCCACCAGCACGGCACAGUGUGGUCACUGGCCUGGUGCCCCUCUGGCUCGGAGGAGGCGGCUCCCCCCGGCCUGGGGGAGUCCCCCCUGCCACGCCUGGGCCUGCUGGCCGCUGCGUGCUCUGACGGCACGGUGCAGGUGUAUGCCGUGCCACGUCCAGAGGUGCUGCUGCCACAGGGCAGAGUGUACAGGCCGCCGGCCAGCCUGGCGCUGGUGCCAGGGCAUGGCGAGGGCCGGGAGGUGCAGUGCCUCAAGGUGGACUGGUGCCGGGCCAAGGGGCACCACCUGGUGGCCGGGGCGCUGUCCUCAGGUGUGGUGUGCGUGUGGGACCUCACCACCACUUCACCCUUCCUGCGGCUGCAGCAGGGGUCGGUGGUGCUGCCCUUCAGGGCCUUCCAUGCCCACAAUGGGGUGUGCACCACAGUGGCCUUCUGCCCCACCACGGGUGGCAGGAACCUGCUGUCUGGCGGCAACGACCGCACCUACAAGUUCUGGGACCUGGAGCACCCCGAGCUGCCCCUGAGUGUGGUGCGCAAGGGUCUGGUGCUGGACUCCCUGUGGCUGCCACACUGGGCCGGCUGCUUCCUGGCCUUCGAUGACGUGUACGGCUUGGCCAGCACCAACACCUGCUUCAAGGAGAGCGGCUUCUUCGGCAUCGCGCCGCGCAACGUGCUGUCGGCCAACGCGGCAGUGUGGACGCUGGCCGGCUCGGACUGGCUCAACUCCGUGGCCCAGGGCGACUCUGCUGGUGAGGUGACACUGACAGUGCAGCAGCAGCUCUUCAGGAACUACGAGAACGAGAAGUUCCUGUCGAAGCGCAAGGUGCCAGUGAUGUGCGCCCGCCUGCAGGCGCUGGACGCCACCGCCCCAGUGUCCUUCAGCAGCAGCCGCGUCAUUCAGCGCGCCCGUCACCCGCUGCACAAGGCCAAGGCCAAGGCCCCGGACCAGCAAAGGCAGCAGGCCCAGCAGGAGGAGGAUGACUGCCUGGGCCAGAACCUGUACCAGGAGUUCCCCCAGACGUACCAGGAGACGCGGGACACCCACGGUCUGGUCUUCAAGGAGCAGAACGUGGCGAACUUCAGCAGCAUCCCCAAGGAGGAGCUGCUGGAGAGGUGGCGCAACGAGUGCAUGGAGGCCAGCGCCAUCACCUGCUACCCCAUGAUGGCUGUCACCUCCCUGGCCUGGAACAACAACCUUGGCGCACACACCUGGAUUGCCGUGGCCACGCAGUCCGGCCUGGUGCGGCUGGUCAGGGUGGAGGCACUGCACACUGCCGCCAUGGACUCUUUCAUCCAUGACAACUUUGGCGUGCGGAGAUGAAACACUCAACUGUCUGUCUGUCUGUCUGUCUGUCUGUAUUCUUAAACACUUACUAGCAUCUCCACUACUUCCCAAAGGCUGUAGUUGAAGUGACGAAGGUUUUCAAGGGUGUUUUUACGGUCCCACUGACAGAUUAACAACAUUUCUACUCUACCAACAGGUGAAGCACUCUUGAGAACCUGGCAAGUCAUCAGUGUGGCCUUUGAAAGUAGUGGUGAUGAGUGGUGUUUGGGAUGAGAUGAGCCUGCCUUAGUGGUGUGGAGGUCAGUCAAUUGUUGUUAUGGUGCUGUGUGUUCAGUAUUGGCCAUUAUCAUCACCAUCAUCAUCACCACCAUCACCUCCAUCAUCAUCAGUGGCAUUUUUGUUUAUUUUUUAGUUUCUUUCAGUGUUUCUCCUCCUCCUCCUCCUCCUCCUCCUCCUCCUCCUCCUCCUCCUCCUCCUCCUCCUCCUCCUCCUCCUCCUGUUCUUCAUUAUCAUCAUCCUUGCUGUUAUUGAUGUUUUUGAUUAUUGUGAUAGUGUAUGUGUGUGCGUGUGUUGAUCACCACUACAUCAUCAUCAUCAUCAUAUUAGUGCUAUUUCGGAACGUGACAAAUAUCAUUAUUCAUUGUCAUCAUCACUACCACCACCAUUACCAUGCCCGUUCCUAUCACUCACCAUCACCAUCACCAUUAUCACUGCCACCAUCAUUAUUAUUGUUCCUACUUAGCAAAUAAUUCAUUGUCAUCACCACUACCAUUACCAUUGUUGUUCCCAUCAUCAUCAUCACUAUCAUCAUCAUCAUCAUCAUCAGUGUGUGUAUGGGGGGGGCGAGGGGCGGGUCAUGCAAACGUAAUGCCUUAAUAAUGUUAUAAUAAGUAUACAUACAUACAUACACACACACUUACAUACAUACAUACAUACAUACAUACAUACAUACAUAGGUUGUCAUAGUAUUAAGAAAGCAAGGUUGAGAUAAUGUAAGCUUUUAAAAACUGAUGUCUCGGUAAUUUUUUUUUUAUAGGCCUAGACCAGAUAGGGAAGGAAUUGCGUAGGCCUCAUUUGAAUUGUGAAGAUUUUGAUGUAUUUAAGAUUUAUUUCCGUAUGUGUGUGUGUUUGUGUGUGUGUGUGAUAUUUUCUCAUUUUCCUUUCCUUUUUCUUUUUUUUUCAUUUUCUCGCUACAUUACAAGCAAGAUGCCUUAAAUGUAAUAGUGAAGAUGCUAAUUACUCGUACCACUGCCAGCUUACAAAACUCUCUCUCUCUCUCUCUCUCUCUCUCUCUCUCUCUCUCUCUCUCUCUCUCUCUCUCUCUCUCUCUCUCUCUCUCUCUCUCUCUCUCUCUCUCUCUCAGAUAGAUUGACCGCCAUAAUAUUGCCCUAUAUAACACAUUUUUCACUUGUCAAAUGAAAAGAUUAUUACUCUUUUUAGAUAACAUUAAAGAAAAUAUUAGUCGUAAAAAUAAUCAUGAAAAUAUUGCCUCCGUUAUAUGUGUGUGUGUGCGUGCGUGUGUGUGUGUGUGUGUGUGAAAGAAGAUGGAUUUAUUUAAUUUAUUCGUACAACGGUGCUGGAGAUUCAAAACUUUCCUAAUUCUUAUUGCAGUGUUUAAUAUAUUGACUUUAUUUAUAACUGGAAACAAGUAUACUUAAUCUUGCGCCCAUAUUUUGAAACACUGCCAUUUAUCUGUUUUACAAGGCCACAGAGGGGAUCAGGCGGGCUCCCAAGGCUGUUCGUAUCCUUUAUUGCUGCAAAAUGCUUCUUCAGUUCGCUAGACUCUUGAAAAUUCCCAACUACUAUCUAACUAGUAAAAAUACACCCUCGAAAAUCCCAGUAACUUCCAUCAGCAUUUGUUAAACCACAGGGUCUUGAAAACCCCAUAAACUUCCACUGCAACCUGUUAAACUAUCAAAAAAUCAUUAAAACCCUUGAAAACUCCAUUAACUUCCGCUGCAAUCUCUUAAACUAUCAAAAAGUCAUGAAAACCCCAAUAAUCUUCACUACAACUUGUUAAACUAUCACCGGAACCUUGAAAACCGCAAUAACUUCCACGGCAGCCUAUUAAACUAUUACUGGAAUCUUGAAAACGCCCUUGAAAACCCCAUUAACCUCCACUGCAACCUGUUAAACAAUAAAAAGCACGAAAACCCACUUGGGAACCCCCCCAGUAACUUCCACUAGAGCCUGUUGAAAGCUAGCAAGACGAGGCGUAGGUGAGCUGGUGUCUGAGAAUAUGGGAGCAAGGAAAUAAGACCUGUUUACGUUUACAGUGAACUCUCUUCCUAUGCCUGUUAAUGGUAAUUUGUAAUGGGACUUAGCUCUUGUAUGGCCCCAUUAACUAGUCCUCAUCUAGUCCUUAAUGCAUGAAGACUUAAUGGAAGGGAAAUAAUAAUGUAAUGAAUGAAAAUAUUGAGGGUUUUAAGAGGGUUAAGUCGAGAAAUUUUACGUAAUGAAAAGAUUGGUUUAGAAGAGUGUAAAUAAUGUUAUGAAAAGUUAUUAGAAGUUAUUUUAAGAGGAGAUAAAUGGAAAAUGAUGUGGGUUGUCAGGGAAGACGUGUAUAAUCAAAAUUGGAGUUAUUUGAAAAUAUUUGAGUGAGUUACGUAUGGAAAAGAUUUGAAUUACUGUGAGAGGAAGAUAAAUGGUAUUGAUAAAUGUGGGUUAUUUAAAUAGUGAAAGGAAGAUUUGAGAAUGAAAAAAUGUGAAUGGAAAAAAGAUACCAGUUUGAAAGGAAGAUAAAGAAAAAAAAAAAAAACGAACGGAAAUUAUAAAUGGAAAAAAAAGGACAGUUACUUAAGGAUGAUAAUUAUAGUGAACUAAUGAGAAGGUAAUUUAUUUUGAAAUGAGAUAAGGAAGUGAAAGUUAUGAAUUGUUAACAUCAUACAAAUUACAGUGGAAUAUAUAGGAAGCCCUUUAUACUUAUCUCCUUGCAUAUAUAUAUGUAAAUAAAAGGAAGACUUGC